AUGCCAAUAAUGCCAAAAGUAAACUCAAAAAAACAACUUAAUCAAACUACUAAUAAACAAGAUGAACCUUUAAAAAAAAUUGAAAACUUGGCUAAUAAAUAUGACAUUAGGGAAGGCAUAAUAAGUGAAAUUUUAAAGGAGAAAGACUGUUGGCUUUCUGUGGAUACCAAUUCAUACCAAGCUAAUUUGAAAC